GUGGUCACGCACGCGGUAACGCUCCCUGCAAUGUAAAGGAACGCCCCUGCGCGUGCGUGUGUGCGUCUGUCUCGUGGCGGUGUUGUACGGGGUCAGUUGAGUUUAGCGCGAUUAAACUUGCGUUGUCGAGAACAAAACAGCGCGAUUCGCAUGGGGAGGAGGAGGGGCUGUGUGUGUGUGAUGAGUGGAUCGGUGGUGGUGGUGGUGGGAGCGGUGGCGCGGUGGUUAGCGCAGCGGGCGGUCACGGACGCCUCGAGUUUCUCCGUCCGUGGAAAGCGGCGAUCCCUUCCGAGGGACAACUUCGCAGCGACCAGCGUGGUGAACGUGAGCAGCGAGAUGCCAAGGACCGGGUCACAAGGUCACGGUGGCUGCGGUGGUCUCGGGGGCAGCACCGGGGGCAGCAGUGGGAGUGAGCGGACCCCCCGGAGCCGUUGCAGGACGCCCCACCGGGGAUCGGAUCCCCUCGCCUGGGGACCCUCGGCGUCCCCUGUCGUGGCGCAGGGGUCACUGCAGGGGUCCCCGCGCCACCCGGUGACCCCGCUUCCGCCCCCGGAGCGCGCCCUGUGCCUGCUGAUCGCCAUCGCUGGGCACGCGUAUGCCUUCCACAUCGUCCACCUGGUGUCUCGUGAGCACGAGGAGGAAUUGCACGCCGAGUUUGAGCUGGAGAAGGGAUUUUUCGCGUGGGGAUUCAAGAAGGACCCCACGGACUUUGAGUGGACGUUCUGGUCUCACUGGGCCUCGUCGAGGCUACUCUGGAUGCUGCUGGGCCACGUGCUGCUCUCUCAGCUCUUCUCACACUCAGCCCCGCAGCUGCGCCCGUGGGGCUGGCUGGUGUACGGGCUGGCGUGCUGCACGGCGCUGCUGGGCGCUCGGGGCGCGGCCGUCGUGCUGGCGCACGCCCUCGCCUCGUACGCGGCGGCGCAGCUUCGCCGGCCGGCGCUCUGCUGGCUCACGAACCUGGGCCUCCUCGCCGGCCUGCAGGCCGCUCACUGGAGUCACACGCAGGGCUGGUACGAGUCCGAGAACGAGUACUUCCUCCUGCUCUUCACGCUCGCCAUGACCAACCUGCGCUGCACCAGCUUCAGCCUUGAGCUGUGCCGCCAGGCGGAUCCUCCGUGCCCGUCCGUGCCGCACCACCCCCGUCCGCCAGCGCCUGCACAGCAGACGGACCCCUCGCCCCUUACGCAGGGCGCUCACCCAGCCGCUGGCUCCUCGCUCUUUUGGCCACUGGUCUACACCUUCUACUAUCCACCGCUCCACAACGGCCCGAUCAUGAGCUACUGCGACUUUGUCGCUCGGUGUGAGCGGCCGGUGUCUCAGCCGGGCGACGUACGAAGCGGAGACCCUCAGAUGCCCCGGCUGCCCCUGCUGCCCCUGCUGCCCCUGCUGCCCCGGCUGCCGUGGCUGGCCGUGCGCGUGGCCGCCUGGUGGGUGCUGGCGGAGCUCAUGCUGCACCUCGGCUACUUCUCGGUGCUGCACCAGCACGAGGAGCUGCUCGAGUCCCUGCCCAGCGCCACGCUCGCCUGCCUGGCCAUCGCUCACGUCAGCUUCUUCUACGUGAAGUACCUGGUGCUGUUCGGGGUGCCCAGCCUCGCCAUGCACCUGGACGGCGUCCAACCUCCUCCCCUACCGCGCUGCGUGAGCAUCACACACGGCUUCUCCGACAUGUGGAGGAAUUUUGACGUCGGACUUCACAGGUGGCUGCUCAGGUACGUGUACGUGCCGCUGGGAGGCUCGCAGGGUGGCGCGCUCCGCCAGGCCGUCUCGUGCGGAGCCGUCUUCCUCUACGUCUUCUUCUGGCAUGGCGCCCAGGCCUACCUGCUGUUCUGGGCCACGCUCAACUGGCUCGGCGUCACCGUGGAGACGGGCCUGGGCCGUGCCCUUUCCUCCACUCCCGCCGAGCGACUCUCCCUGGGUGGCCGCCUCUCCCCGCUGGGCCAGCGUCGGCUCCUCGGCGUCAUUGCCGGCGCCUCCACGGCCAUGGUCAUCCUGUCGAACCUCGUGUUCCUAGGCGGCACGGCCGUCGGAGCCGUUUACUGGGACAGAGUUUUCCUCCAAGGCUGGCCAUGGACAACCCUUGGGGUGCUCUCGUUCCUGUAUUGCUGCGCCCAGUUUGGGAUGGACUGGGACCAAGCAAAGGUCCCUUAGGGUGGCUCAAGUCUUCGCCCCAUAAAUGUGCACGACUUUACGCACGUAGUGAGUCUUCGAUUCGCAUCGAUUAUUACACUCGCGAUACGUGCAUCGAUUCGUGCAAGUAGCAAUUGGUCAUUUUCGAUUUUAAGUUCGUUUUAUGUCACCACUUAACAUCCACCCUGCAGCCACAAAAGGGAACCGAUUGUUAAAAUCGCAUCACAAUCCAUGACUUAGGUCAAUUAAUGUGAUCACGAGGCAGGGGAAUCUUUACAUGCCUGACCAACGCCCAGAAAACCUCUGCUCAGUUAGGCUAAACUAUUUAACUAUACUAUUUUUUAUUUUACCAGAUAAGGGCCCACUGAGCUAUCUUUUUCAGAAGCGACCUGGCCACAAAAGAUAGCUCAACAAAGUGACUUAUUGUGUGGACAUUUAUUGCAGUCAAAUACUCUGA